CUAACUAAUGGUUAUUAGUAUCUAAGAUAAAGUAGAUUAUUUUACCAUACAGUAAUCAAAACUUUUUUCAUAAUGGCUUAUGAUCAAGAUCAGAAUAAACCAUGUUUAAAAUGUGGAUCAAAAUGUUCCGGUUUCAUGAAACAUUCAUGGAGAAUGAUUUGUACCCAAUGUCAUUGUGCAUAUUAUGAACAUGAUAUUGAUUAUUAUUACACUAAUCAAUCAAUAUUAGAUGAAUUAGAUUAUAAUCAAUCAAUAUUAUUAUAUCAAGAAUAUAUGAAUGCACAAAAUUUAGCUAAACAAUAUGGAUUAAAUUGGUUACCGAUUGGUGUCAAACAAACAGAAGUGGAUUUGUUUCUGAGUAAUCUUCCAAAUGAAGAAUUACCACGUGGUGAAGUUGCUGAUCAUAUUAGACGUCAACGUCUUAGAAAACAAAUACCAUUACAAGAUUGUAAUCCAGCUGUAACAAUUGAAGAAUUAUGGCAUGAUUUAAAAGAUUCAAAUCCUAACUUAGAAAAUGAAUUACGUGAAGCGAAUCGUUUUAAAAAUUUUCGUAAUUCUCACGAUUUGGGUAUUGGUUUGGUGGAACAUAUGAAUGAGAAGGAUGGACAGGUAAUUAUAAAACAACAUAAGUCCCGGAUAAGUAAUGAGUUAAUGAUUUAAAUAGAAUAUACGAUCUUAUAUUA